GCACUUGCAAGCCUCAUCUUUUCUAUCUCAACAAACACUGCAACCAUGGUCUCCACUACUUCUAAAGUCGUCGCCGCCGUCCUCGUUAUGGGAGGCCUCCUCGCCACGCAGCUCGAUCUCACCAAGGAUGCUUCCGUCGCUACUCCUCACGCGAACGCGCCUUCCAAAACGACCGCCCGGGGCUUAAAGGGGGCUCGCCGAUUGGCGUCGGGUGCUACUGACGGAUACGGAAGCAUUGACGCUGUGUCCACUACCGGGGUUUAUGGGAGCGCCGGUGCAGGAGUGACCAAACAAGAAGCUCUAGUGAACAACAAAGGAAGCUUUGUGGUCACGGGAUCGGCAGGCAGUCCGGGUGGAAGCACUGAUGGUAGUGCGGGUGUCGCGAUCGACCAUGCUGGAGUUGAAUCGAAUGGAUAUGCCUAUAACUACGGCGUUGUAGACCCGUCUGUUGUGAGUGCCACGUCCGGCGGUACCGGCUACUUUGUUGGUUCUUUCGACACGGAUGCUACCGCCUCGUUGGCGCCUGGUGCUACAGAGGCUCCUACUGCCACGCCGCUCGUGACUUCCAGUCCCACGCGUGCCAAGUCCGCCAAGGCGAAAUCUCCCAAGGCGAAAUCUCCCAAGGCGGGAACACCCUCUCCUAAAUCGACCAUGGCUCCCGAGGAGGACGACCACGAUGACAGCGACUCCGAGAUGAACAUCGAAGUGCCCAGCAAGCUUUUGGUUGACUUGGCUGAAGAUGAAGCUACCCCGGUUCCCGAAAGCGGCUCGGCUUACGCCGCCGCGGGUGGUAGCUUUACGUCCACUCUCACCGGUGGAGCCUAUACAACAAUUGACACGCCAUACGGUGCAACGGCGGUCCCUGGUGCAACUGUGGUUCCCGCGUACGCCCUCGGGUCUGGUGGUGUCGAUAGUGUGACGGUAGAUGCUGGCGGUGCCGCUGACUCUACAGCCAACGAUUUCACGGCUAGCGCGGAUGCAGAAGGCGGCGCUGAGCAAGACGGAUCUUUCUAUGCCUACAAUGCGGCCUCCAUCAAUCCUGGUGCGACUGCAAUCCCUGUUGGUGAAGCCUCAAUUUAUGCCGACAUUGAUGGAGUGUUCGGUACUGCUGGAGAGGCUGGUGCCUAA